AGACAACUCUACAGAAGCGACGUGAAAACAGUAACCUCUCCAUGGCAAAAGACAACGGCGUGCCUCAGAAAAUGUCUCCUCCAACCGCCCGUAAUCCUCAACAACUUUAUUUUUAAACCUAAGCAUCCAGAUCGCUCUCGGUGCAUCGACUAGCUAACAUCUGUUUAACUGCUGCACGAUCUGUGUCUGCCAAUGUUUACAGAGCUGUUAGCAAGAGAACGGUAACUAGCCACAAAUCUGGGCACUGGCGACUAAAAUUUGAAGCAAAAUGAGAGAAAGGACACGUUUUGGGGUUUAAUCCGGAAUUCUGAUCCUUGUGAAGAUGUCUCUGGAAGCGAGUGAUGUCCUGUCAGACUGCGAGGAGCUGGUUGAGGAGAGUUUCCGCUUUUCCGAUGAUUUUCUGGAAAAGAAAACCACUUGGAAGAGAAUGGCCAAGCCUCCUCAUUCUCCCAAGUCUCCUUACCUGACUAGCCUAAAUGUGAACCCGCGUAGGGCAGCAGUAGCAGCCUGGAGACUCCCACGGGCAUCUCUAGGGGGCAGCAGAGAGGGCACCCCUGGGGACAGGGACACGGGGCCUGCUCGGUCUGCCUUCCUCAGCAACGGCCAUGAUGCGUCCCCGAUUAUCAAAGCUAAAUGUAAUGUCUCACCAGAGCUGCUCAAGAAGAACUUCAGAAAACAGCAAAAGCUGCUCCACUCCACGUCCAAUGGCAAGUUCAUCACAUCUGACUUCAGAGACAAAGAGGACAUGUACGAAGAGAUCAUCCGCCUCAAGAAGAGUCUUCAAGCAUUCAAGACUGACAACAGGCAAAUGAGAGCCAAAGUGCACCGCCUAGAGGAGGACAACGCCAAGCGCGAGAAGCAGAUCGAGGAGCUGCUAGAUCCCACCAAAAGUGCAGAGUUUGCCCGCAGUUUGGUGGAUAAGAAGAGAGAAGGCAGUGUGGUGGUGAAUGGACUGAAGCAGCGCAUACUCAAACUGGAGCAGCAGUGCAGGGAGAAGGAGAGCGCUCACCGUAAACUUCAGAGCGAGUUGAGGACCACCAACCUGGAGGAGCUAAAGAUCACCGUGGAGACUUACUUUGAGGAGAUCCAAAGACUCAAGAUGCUCCUGGAUGCUGCAGAGAAAAGUUGCCGAGCAGAGAGUAAGUGCUCCCAGCGCCAGCAGAGGGUGCUCAACUCCACAGUUCUGCAUCUGACAGAGAGAGUGAGCCAGUUGCAGCAGGAGAACAGAGAGCUGAGGGAGGAACUGAGCACAGAGCACCCCGCAGGAGGGCCCACAGGUUACCGGGAGUGGAGUAAACAAAGGCUGCUGAGAAGGCUGCUAGAGCUGGAGAGGAGGCUGGAAGACAAGAAGAGGCCCGCCCACCGGGAGAAGAGCAGUGUGCUAUUGGACCAGGAGGUUCAGACGGCAGCCAGUGAGAUGCUAGAUAGGACACGGCCGUUUACCAUGGCAACAGAGGCAGGGAUUGCCGUGGCAACCAUGACCGAGGGCGGUGACGGGGAGUCCGCACUGAAAGGAUGCCUCAGCCAAUGGGAGCAAGAGAGGGCGGAGCUACAGGAGAGACUGAGGAGGAGAGAAGAGGAGCUAGAGCAGGUGAAGAGGGAAGGAGAAAAGCAAGAGAAAGAGAUGGAGGAGUGGAAGAGUGGACAGACCAGUGAACGGGACAAAGAACGCCAGCAGCAUAAACAGGAGAUGGAGGUUCUGUGGACCAAGCUCCAAAGUAUGGAGGAGGAGAGGGAGCGGCAAGCUCUCACCUCUUCCCUCAGCCUCUCACAAGGAGCAGGGGAUGAGCCCACUCACAGAGGGGAGCUCCAAAGAGAUAGAGGGGAGCCCCUGGGAGACCAGCCUUCAGGGACAGAGGUACGGAGGAAGGAUCGAGCAGCGCGCGUCAUCCAGAGGGCCUGGAGGUCACACAGGAAUAUGGAUGUGGUGUUGUUGCAGUCCACACUAAGAGGCCAUCUUUACAGACAAUCUCAACUCAAGUCAGCACAGACCAUAGACAACAAUGACCCUCUGACAAAUGGACUACUGGACCUGAGGAGCCUGAUCCUGCUCCAGUCUGUGCUCAGAGGACACCUGUCACGCUCCGGCUGCUCUCCUCACAGCUCAGGGUCAGCAGAGUGGUCAGGAUUACAUCACAGUCUGACCACAGCAGGACUCCACAGCUCAUCACAUACACCUGAUAGAUCAGGUACUGUGGACAUAAAACCUGAUGAAGACACUGGUGAAUUUCCUGCUAAAAUGGACCACGCUCAUACAGUUCCUUCAUCACAAACAAAAUCUGGUGAAGCUUCUGCAGGGGAUUCUGAUGAUUCUGAUGACAUCAUUGUUUCUCCAUCUCAUCCAAUCAGAAGAAGAGAAGUCCUGAUCACUUAGGACCAAUCAAAUAUGUCCCUCUACUGCAGUGUCCAAUCAUGAGACAGGCCUAAACCAGGCACAAACAUGUGAAUUUAUAAAGAUAUGGUGCACUGUGUAACUUUUUUAUGGUAAAGAUGAGUGUACUACCGGCUUGUAUCCAUGGUGAUGAAUUUGCUUUGCCUGGAAUGCUAUACAGGAUAGCAUUGAACUUAACUAUCUGUCCACAGAUCUGACCUGUAACUUUGCCUGGUGUUGCCCUGUUUGUCUCCAUGGAGAUAGACAAGUGGCAACAGCAGGUGGCAGAUGUUCCCUCACAAAAGUUGCGCAGUGGACCUUUAAGCUCUUAGUUCAAAAAGCCAGUUUUUUAUGAGAAUGUUUUUUGCCAAAGUGCCUAAUGCAAUGAUGGACAGUUGAUUCUCUUAGAUGUUGUCCAUUUGGAGUCCUCUCUGUGUAAGUUGAUUUAUACUGCGGGCAUUGCCUAAGGGAUAACACUGAUUUGCCAUGUGUGCUUGUAAAAGAAUAGAUUUCGUACUAAUGCACUGCUGAGCCAAACUGAAUACAUGAUUAUGCUGCUGUAGGACUGCUUAAAGCCAAUACAAACACAUUUGAAGUCUGCUAUGUCUCCUGAUGUGAGUCUGGGAUAAAG